AUGGUAUUACAAUACCUCACUCUCUUUGAGAAAAAACGAAUUCUACUGGCCUCUGGUUCACCACGGCGGCUGGAAAUACUAGGGCGAUUGGGGCUGCCCAACGUGGAAGUAUGUGUGUCAAGCUUCGCAGAGGACCUGCCAAAGGCCGACUUCACUUGCGGAGGUGACUACGCAUUGCGCACAGCACGGCAAAAAGCAGAGUGUGUCGUACAUCAGCUACAACAGAAUGAAAGGAGCUCCGGUGCGACACCGUCAUUUGAUAUUCUCAUUGCAGCUGAUACCGUUGUUACUCUACCAGCGAUGGGAGGAGGUGUCAAUAUAAUCGAAAAGCCUCUCUGCAGCGAGGAGGCGGCGCAGAUGUUGCGUAGUUUUUCCGGCACAAAACAUUAUGUGUGGAGUGGUGUUGUUUUGGCUGUUCGAGAUGGUGAAACACUGCGCUGGCGGGAGUUUACGGCUCGCACUGUAGUGGAGUUUGCACCUCUUGCAGAGGCGGAAAUCGCCGCAUACGUUUCUGAUAGCAGUAACUGGAUUGGAAAGGCAGGUGGUUAUGGUAUUCAGGACCGAGCGGCGUGUCUUGUUACUUCUAUUGAGGGUGACUACUACAAUGUGAUGGGAUUGCCGCUGCAAGCGUUGUGUAAAGAAAUUGAUCAACUUAUUCAAGAAGGUAUUCUGAAGUAA